AUGAAUCAAGCGCAAGCUGAUAAAAGCCUAUUGGCUAUGAAGAUUGCUUCAGAGACAGUUCGAAGUGCCAUUGCAAGCGCCAUACCUGUUGCUCCAACACAGGUUCUGACUGUUUCCAUACCUGGCACAAUCAUCAAUUAUGACGAGUUUGUAUGGAAUGUUGCCGAAAAUAUUAGACCUCCACUCACCAAUCGGGUUGCAGAGGCUAGGCUUGUUGAUGGUAUGAUCCCUCUGUCGAAAUUCACUUCUGGGAAGACCGGUAGGAGUGUCGCUCGCUCCUAUCUCUCAACGCUUGAUCUCCUUGUCCCGGUUCAAGCCUCUGUUUCUGGGGUAGUCUCCGUAUCAAGUGUGAUUUCUUCAGCGCCUGAAACUAUAGUCGAUGCGCAACUCAAAGUCGUAGCUAGUCGUUACAAGAAUGCCAUGGAUUACCUCAAGUCGCCCGAUGAUAGCGUAGGUGCUAACGGCCGGUCCAAACUUCAAACCUAUGUCGAGAAGCAAGAAAAGUGGUCGAAGGAGGUUGAAAAGUAUUCCGCCGCACAACACGAUUUCAUCCAAAGUAACAAACCACUACAAGGAGCAAUCAAAGAAGACAUCAAGGAAUCAAAAGCGGCUUAUAUGCAAUGGCUGCAGGAACAUGGUCGCGAUUAUAAGAAUAGUAUUCAAGCAAAGUACAUGGACUGGGUCGUUCAUGGUUAUAAAUUCAUGAUUGAUUUCAAUUUUGGGAUCGUUGAUAUCUCGUCUGGAAUGAAACGAAUUGAGAAUAGUAAAGAAGCGUUCCGUAAUCUCGUGCUUAUUGCCGAAGAUGGAGUAUCCGAGUAUAACUCCGUCAAUCUCACUCCAUCCAAUUGGGCUACUAUUGUUAAAAACAAAGUUCUGGGCUGGCAGUCACGAAACGCGAACCCGAGUCCGUCGGAGAUUCGAUCGGAAAUAAGAAGAUUGGAAAAUCUCAGAGCUUCACAUGAAGCAUUGGACACGGGAAUUGCAACGGGUGCUUUCUUCCCUACGCUCACAGGCGACGAUACAUCGGGCGAUGUCCAGUUGAAAAGAGCUUACGCCAAAGUUUAUUCUGCGAUGGAAGCCGAAAGCACUGUGCCCAUUGCAGGUGCUGAUGGCAAGAAAGCUGCCCGGAGUGACACAGACAGGAAUGCUGCGACUGAUGAAUAUCUUAAGAAGUAUCCUGCGCCAGCGGAUUCUGUGGUUAAUGGUGCAAAUAGCACCGUUGGAAAAACCAGUACUGCACCCACUGUCAUUCCAGGAACUACAGAGGGAACGCAACUGGCUGCCAGUAAACCCGAAACGAACAAUGUAGCUCUCUCACAAGGAGUCGUACCAAAAGUAUCAAAACCGCUUACAGAAAAGGAGCAGGCCAUGGCGGAUCUCGUCAAGGCUAAUAAAGACUGGCAGACAGCAGGUCUCAGCAAAACUGCAACCAGUGUUCGUGAAUCACAGAAAGCAGAGGGCGCUACAGCAAGGGUAUGGAUUAAAACCAGAAUCGAACAGAUUAAUACACAGAUCGCAGAUUUGAAAGCAAAUCUUAAAUCGAUUGGAGCACCUGCCAAAUCAAUGCAACUUCAGGUUGUUAAUGCGAAGGGAAUUGUCAUCUCGGACGAUGACUUGAAAGCUGAUCCAGAAAUGGCCGGCAAAUCCGUUUCUCAGGAAGCAGAUCAAUGGACUAGAGUUUCCUGCAAGGUGUCCGCAAAGUCGGACGAGAAGAUGACUUCGGAAGCAGCGCAAUCAAACGCCGUAUCCGUCGACGCAGGAUGGGGUCUUUGGUCUGUAUCAGGCGGCGCCUCUCACAGUUCCAGUUCCGCCGACGCCAUGUCCAGCAUGUCCAAUCUCGAAGUCGAGAUUAAAAUGGAUUGCAUGGUAGUAGAAAUCGAGCGUCCUUGGCUCCAUGCCGAGCUCUUCACUGACGCCGAACUCGACUCUGGAGGUUUCAACAUCUCGCCCGGUGAAGAAGCAUUAAAGGACCUUUACAACAAGGGCAUAGUUCCAGACGGAAGAUACCAACAAUUCUCUUCCUUUCCCACUGCCAUGAUCAUCGCCGCGGAUAUUGAACUCAGCUUCUCGGGCGACACCACACACCUCGAAAGCGCCGUCUCCGCUUCAGCAACUGAGGCUAAUGUCUCAGUGGGUUAUGGACCCUUCUCGGUCUCGGCGUCGCAUAAAUCAUCGAAGAGUAAAUCGAAGACGAAGAUGGAGUCGACUGCUACGGGAUGCAGAAUUUCCGUCCAGGCGCCGCAGAUUGUAGGGUGGGUUCAAACUUUGAUGCCUCAAUUGCCGAAACCGAAGGAUGGACCUAGUAAAAUGGUUGGAUUGUUUUGA